UUGUGGUGUCUAUGCAAUCAAACCAUGGAGCUGUAUGACGGUCAAAAUACUAACCAUGGUGCACUUGUUGACCUGAAAAGGGCAGCCACCAAAAACCUUGAGCGGUGUAGGCUUGCUCUUCGUCUUGUGGACCAUCCUUUAAACAAACUGAGAGAGAAAGUGAAGCAUGACUGUUAUGUUUGGUCUGCAAAGAAACCUGAAUUGAUGGCAAGACAGAAGAUAAGGAAGGAUAAAGAGGCUGUUCUAGAUAAAUUAGCAUUUAAUCGAUCAAAGAAGACGAAUAGAAAAGAAGCACACAUUUUACGGCGAAGGAGGGAUCAUGAGGCGAAAGUAGAAGAUGUGUUGAAUAAUAAUUUUGGAGACAAAGUGAAAAUAGAGCAACUGUUGAAAUUUCAUUAUUCUUAGGUGCCAAACUUUUUUUUAUUAUUAUUAUAAUGUACAGUAGAAAUAACAAACCAUUAAAUUUUGCAAUGUACAGUAGAAAUAGCACAGAACUCAUUUUACAUUUUAUAUCUGUGUUCUUUAAUGAAUUGUACAUUUACACUUACUUUGAAUGGAAUACAUUUGUGUAAAUGAAGUUGUUUGAAAAUUAAUUGGAAAAAUACAAUCACCAACUGAAAAAUGAAAAAUCUAACUCAUAAUAAUAAGUGUAUGACAUAUAUUUGUAAAUAUAAAUUUU